AUGCGACAAAUCGAAACGAAAGUUCCAUUGAUGAUUUUGAAUCGAACAAGAACAUUUAAGGGAAUUCCAAUUUUGGCAAGAGGAGCUGGAAAUGAGAAAAUUUUUCUUAAAUCAAAACUGCUGGAAAGUUUGAAUCGAUUUGAUGGAGGGAAAGAGAAGUUGGAGCUCAUUGAGAAUUCAGUCACUGGCGGGCAAAAAGAUCAUCGAGAAAAUGGGGAAAAUGAGGAGAUCAGCUCCUAUGCUUUAUCCAGCUCCUCAAUUUCGAUCAACGUGAGCCCAUCACCGAUUCGAGAAGAAAGAUCGGAUAGUGAAGUGAACGAGUUUGAUCCACUUGAUACUGAGUCAUUCAUUCCCCCAUCCGAUCCAAUCUCUCCAUCUUCGACAAAAGAGAUUUUAGAUAGAGAAAAGAUUGACCGAGAAAGCGGCUACGAUUCCGAGCCAAAAGCCGGCGCUGUAUCCAUUGCGGCUCGAGGACCAUUCGAUGGAAAGAAGCUGCAAAAACAGAAAGUGAUCUACGUUCCCUAUAUCCCGGCACCGAAUCUCGAAACUCGGCCUCAAUAUCUUUUCCCAACGACAGCACAACCAUCAAUUUUCAAUCAAUCCGAUGUACAGAGGAUGUUUUUUGUUACGGCAAACCCGUCUCAAGCGACGACUUUGGGCUUGUUACAAGAAUUCGCACCCGGAUUCGACAAUUCAGUAAAUAUAGAUGAACUAACUCGCGAAAGUCGCUUUUCUUCACAACAAACCAAUCCGUUUUUGCAAACGAGUUUCCAUUCAACAACGGCUCCUCAAUUUUUGACUCCAAUUCCCACUCUGCCACCGGUGAACUCAUUUCUCGUACAGAAAUCACGAGGCUCUGGUGGAUUUGGAGUUCCUGGAGAGCGAGAAUUCGUUGAACUAGAAGAUGAAGAUCUUGACGAUCCCAAGAAUUUCGACUUUGCCCCGAUUCGAGAGGUUCGAACAAGUAGUGGUUUGAUGGAAAGCGAUGAUAAAUGUAACAGUUUACGAUUGAGAACAAUCAUUCAAAAUAAUAUAAUCGUAAAUGAUGCAGAAGGAUCGAAAAGAGCGAUACAACAAGAAGCCGAGAAAGAUAUGGGAAGUGCUUUCCCACUUCGCAUCGACGAUCCGAGUGAUAUUUGGGCGGUUCUGGUGGCUGGAUCGAGUGGAUACAUCAAUUAUCGACAUCAAUCCGACGUCUCAGCCUCCUAUCAAUUACUGAUUGAAAGAGGCGUUCCAAGAGAUCAAAUCCUGGUGCUCAUGUAUGAUGAUGCGGCUAAUCAUACAAACAACCCAUAUCCGGGAAAGUUAUUUAAUUGGCCGAAUGGACCGAAUGUUUAUGAAGGAGUUCGGGUCGAUUAUCGAACAAAAGAGGUCACUUGGGAAAAUUUUAAGGCUGUGAUGUUGGGUGAAGCGAAUAGAUUGAAUGGAAAGGGAAGUGGACGAGUCCUAAAGUCAGAUUCCACGAAACAUCUUUUCUUUUAUUUCACCGAUCAUGGAGCAUAUCAAUUAUUGCAAUUCCCGAAUGAUGAAUUGGUAACGAGUGAAGAAAUGAAAAAUUUAUUGGAAGAAAUGAUGGAAAAAGAAAUUUUUCAAAGCGCUGUUGUGUUUAUUGAAGCGUGUGAGAGUGCCUCGAUGAUUGAGGAUUGGAAAACAUUUCAAAAAGUCUUUGUUGCCACCGCUUCCGCCUCUGAUCAGCCAUCAUUCGCCGCUUUUUGUGAUGACCCGAAAUUUUUGACGUGUCUAGCUGAUGAAUUCUCGUAUAAUUGGAUGUCCACUGCAAGAACGCUCUCUCCUGAAGUCUCACUGGAUGGAUUGACGCGAUUAACAAGAGCAAAGACAAAAAUGAGUGAUGUGCAGGAGUUUGGUUCAUCAACGAUGAAAACGGCAAUGUACGGUGUUUAUCUCGGAAAAGAAAUUGAUCAGUCGAAACUCGCGUCUACUGUGUAUCAAACGUACACAAAAGAAGAAACUCAUCCAACUUGGAAAUUACCAUUGAUCCAUCUACAACGAAAAGCUUUAAGUGGAAAUCAAAAAGAUGUUGAGGCAUUGAAAGCAUAUGAACAGAAACUUGUGGCAUUAGAUGAAAGAAUGGCUGAUUUAAAGACUCUUCUCGAUAUCCCAAAUUCUUUCAAAUUAAACUAUAAUAAUUUUGACAAGGAAUGUUAUGGGAAAGCGAUCAGAGAAUUUGUGAACAAAUGUUCGCAAAGGGAAUUGGAUUCAUUCGCUUUACGAAACGCUCGUUUAAUCGCUUCUUCUUGUGGUGUUUAUGAUAUUAAAAAAGUACAAAAUGUGAUCUCGAUUGCUUGUAAA